AUAUUCUUUAAACCUUUCCUCAGCUUUGACAAACGCUAGUUUUAAGGUGUUAUUAUGGUGUCCAGCCAAGCCAACAAAGACUAAUCUGUGUAAACUGACCAAGGGCCAUAUACAAAAUAACCAUCAAGUUGAAUCAACACUGUAAAUCAAAAGCUUCUAUUGUGUUAUAUUGCAGGGUUAUUAGCCUUGCUGUUGCUGGUUGUACCAUAUGGUAAGUGACACGUAUCAAGCAAUAUCAUUGAGAUAAGUGACAAUAUAUGAAAAUUUGAUCCAGAUGUAUAAUUCAGUGUGAAACUGGGCAGCACAAUGCAUGUCUCCAUACUAAUAAAACGCAGGAGAUACACAAUAUUAGGCGUUACAGUUUAAUACUAAUAAUCUACAUUUUCAUAAAUUUUACUUGUGGCAAUACAGCAGUGUUUUUUACCUCUGCGGGUAAGUUCGUUUAGCCUAUCGUGAAGUAUUAAGGGAGAGCUGACGGUGCGCAGUGAGGCAUUGUGGGAAAUUGAGUACACACGAAUUACUAUGAACAUCACCAUUUUGUUUAAAGCACUGUAUAUGAAAUAUAAUGCAAGCUGGCCAAAUAUGUGCACAUUUAGGAGCAACAACAAUUUCAUUAAUUGGCGGCCGCGUUUCUCUACCAUUCUGUUAUACUGUGAUUGCAACGUCAAAGACUACAACACCCUGAGAUGCACAACCAGGAAGCGGAUUUGUGACAUCACCAGAAACACGGAGAUGUCGACAUGUAGCGAACAGUCUUUUUAUUAACGUUGAUUUUGUGUUGUAAUUCCUUGGUUUGAGAAUGAGAGACGACAUCCGUAUAGUUUUGUGGCUGUCUCUUUUGCUUUUACUUUUAAACCCGUGCGUUCUACAGCGAGUUGGACAAGAAAACUCGUCGGCUGAAAGAAAUGACAAAGUGGCUCAGGAAAUUCCAUCUGAAGACCAGGCAAAAUUAAUAAAACAUGACACAGAAGAUGGAUCCGAUUUAGUCGUCUCUAAUACGGAGGCCCAUUUAGUCAGCAAAUCCAAUGACACUGACAACAACAGCAAUGACACCCUCCACGCUACAACACCUACUGUCAAGCCGACAACACCGGCACCCCCAACCCCUAAGCCCAUUCUGCCUGUGCAGACCGGGGUCAAGGCCCAAGAAGAAGAGCAAUCCAGUGGGAUGACUAUUUUCUUCAGUCUGCUGGUUAUUGGUAUUUGCAUCAUAUUGGUGCACCUGCUCAUCAAGUUCAAGCUGCAUUUUCUUCCUGAGAGUGUGGCUGUUGUGUCUCUGGGGAUUCUGAUGGGAGGUUUCAUUAAGAUCAUUGAAUUUCAGGAACUGGCCAACUGGAAGGAGGAGGAGAUGUUUCGACCCAACAUGUUCUUCCUCCUGCUUCUGCCUCCAAUCAUCUUUGAAUCUGGAUACUCUUUACACAAGGGAAACUUCUUCCAAAACAUUGGCUCCAUCACCCUCUUUGCUGUGAUUGGCACCGCUAUCUCUGCCUUCAUAGUUGGAGGAGGGAUCUACUUCCUGGGACAGGUGAGUUUUUUUAUAGCUGUACUCAUAACAACAGGGUUGAUGUGUAAACAUCUGUAUAAAAUGAGUUUUUGUUUUUCUCAGGCUGAUGUGAUCUAUAAGAUGACCAUGACGGACAGCUUUGCUUUCGGCUCCUUGAUCUCAGCUGUGGACCCCGUAGCUACAAUCGCCAUUUUUAACGCCCUGAAUGUGGACCCAGUCCUCAACAUGCUGGUGUUUGGUGAAAGCAUCCUUAAUGACGCCGUCUCCAUCGUCCUCACCAACACCGCUGAGGGCUUCUUUUCCCGCUCAGACAACUCCGUGGUUACAGGCUGGGAGACGUUUCUGCAGGCUUUGGGUUACUUCCUUAAAAUGUUUUUUGGCUCCGCUGCUCUGGGAACGCUCACCGGGCUCAUCUCGGCUCUCUUUCUCAAACACUUUGACCUGAGAAAGACGCCGUCCCUGGAGUUUGGGAUGAUGAUCAUCUUCGCGUACCUGCCCUACGGCCUGGCAGAGGGCAUCAAACUGUCCGGUAUCAUGUCGAUCCUGUUUGCUGGAAUUGCGAUGUCGCACUACACACAUCACAACCUGUCGCCCGUCACCCAGAUCCUCAUGCAGCAGACGCUGCGAACGGUGGCCUUCAUGUGUGAAACGUGUGUGUUUGCCUUCCUUGGACUCUCCAUCUUCAGUUUCCCGCAUAAAUUUGAAAUAUCCUUUGUCAUCUGGUGCAUAGUCUUGGUUCUUCUUGGUCGAGCGGUGAACAUCUUCCCUUUGUCAUUUCUGCUGAACUUCUUCAGAGACCACAAGAUCACGCCCAAGAUGAUGUUCAUCAUGUGGUUUAGUGGUUUGCGAGGAGCUAUUCCCUACGCGUUGAGCCUUCAUUUGGGCCUGGAGCCCAUCGAGAAGCGCCAGCUGAUUGGUACCACCACCAUCAUCAUCGUGCUCUUCACCAUCCUCCUCCUGGGAGGCGGGACGAUGCCUCUGAUCCGCAUCAUGGACAUUGAGGAGAGCCAGUCACGUCGUAAGAACAAGAAGGACAUCAACCUCAGCAAGACACAGAAAAUGGGUAAUGCCAUUGAAUCAGAGCACCUAUCAGAACUGACAGAGGAGGAGUACGAGGCCCACAUCUACCAGAGACAAGAUCUGAAGGGCUUUAUGUGGCUCGAUGCUAAGUACCUCAACCCCUUCUUCACUCGCAGACUCACCCAAGAGGACCUGCUGCAUGGCCGGAUCCAGAUGAAAACGCUGACCAACAAGUGGUAUGAAGAGGUUCGACAGGGACCCUCAGGCUCCGAGGAUGAAGAAGAUGAAGCAGAACUUCUGUGAAAACGCUGAAUGCACAAUGAAUGGGGCUCGUGGCCUCUCUGGCCACCAAGAGUCUGAGUGACGUUCAGCCCAGGGCUUCGGCUGGAAUGUGCCAAAGUCACAAAGUGGCAUUGAAUACUUCAUCACUGGAUGAAGAACGAAAACACCUGUGAAAAAGGAAGUUCCUGAUCUGGAUGCCACAUUGUUACAGGUCCAAGAAACACUUGACCAGUUAUUUCUUUGGUUAGGUCUGUGUGUGAAGCGAAGAUGUGGGGGGAUAAUAUUUUCAAGUGAAGCCGGUUCUAUUUGUGUGGCACCAGCUUAUUUAAUGUCUGCCGGGCGCUUUUGUUUGUGUUAUGGGAAAAAAGCAAGAUAAUGUUUCUGCUCUGUAGAUUCGUGGUAAACCUCCUGCCAAGUGGUGUUUCCUCAUUGGCAUGCAUUAACGAGUCAGACGUUCAUUUAUGAAGCUGCCACCACAUCCUCUGGCUAUGCAACAAGAAGAAAGGCAGGAGGUCAAACCUUCCACGUCUUUCGCCCCCAGCUCACAGGAGAAUGACUUCCGUCCUACACAUCACUUCUGUUUUUAAAAGAACGUUUCCGUAUUUACUCCAUUCUGUUGUCACUACACUGUUUUGUUGAGUGUGUUUCAUGUGAAGGGUUUCUGAUGAACAGCCUGUACUUAUGGGCGGGAGCUGUUGUACUUUUCAAUGUUUUUCAGAAUUAAGUACCUAAAUACAUAUAAACGAAUGUGUGGGCACCAGGAAAUAUGAAUGUUAAUAUAUAUUUUUUCUAUUUAUUUAUCUAUCAGAUGUGCUGCUUGUGGGAUGAACACCGAUCUACUACUGUAGCUCUGUGAGCACUGUAAAUUAUUGAAAAUAUACAUCUACAAUAAAUCAUAUUGAAAUCUUUGUUUAA